AUGCUACAUGUGGUUCAAGUAGAUAAUUUAAAUGUACGACCAUUGCCAAGACGUCAAGAAAGCCAAGGACAGAGGACGGCUGGCUCAGAGAGCAGUCGUCCAACUACACAAGAUGAUGGAAAUAGAUGGAAUUCUCCAGCGUAUACUGCUGUAGAUAUCCCAUGCCCCUCUUAUGUUAUCCCCACGUUAUCUGGGGUGAGUUGUGGAUUAACAGAAGUUGGGAAAGUUUUUGAGAACAAGUUAGAGUUGAAGACGAAGGCACACUUGUAUGCAAUGAAGCAGAACUUCGAGUUUGUGGUGAAGAAGUCGGAUUUUGUCACUGAGGAAGAUCGAUUCAAAUAUUGCUUUUUCUCACUCGGAGUUAGUAGAAGAGGGUUUCGUACAUGUCAUCGUGUGUUAUGUGUGGACGACACUUUUUUAAAGACAAAAUACGGUGGGCAGAUGUUAUGUGCAGUCACGCUGGAUGCAAAUAACAAUCUAUAUCCAAUUGCAUUUGGUAUUGUGGAUAGUGAGAAUCAUGAUUCUUUGAAGUAUUUCAUGUCAAAGCUAAAGGAAGAAAUUGGGGAAGUCGAGGACCUGGCCUUUGUAUCUGACAGGCAUGCAAGUAUUACACAUGCCUUGGAAACUAUUUUCCCCGAUGCCUAUCACGGUGCUUGCUACCACCACAUUAGUAUGAAUGUGAUUGUUAAAUUCCAGACUGAUCAUUGUCAUGUGUUGAUGUAUAAUGCGACAUAUGCUUUUAGGAAAUCUGAGUUCCACGCUAACUUCGAAAAAAUCAAAUCAAAAGACCCAGCCAUUGCUCAAUACCUAGAAGGCAUGGGUUUUGAUAAGUGGUCCUGUGCUUACUUUCCUAGAAAUAGGAGCUUUCCGAUAACUACAUACGUCGAAUUUAUUCGCUUCACACUACAGUCCUGGUUCUGUGAUAGAAGAGAAACUAGCGAGAAGACAACUACAACUCUUGCACCGACCUAUGAGAAAAUUUUGGUGGAUAUGGCUGAGAAAGCUCGAUUCUUGAUUCCUUAUGCAAUAGGGAGGCAUGAGUUCCAUGUGUUACAUGGCGUGUUUCAGAUUAUUGGUAUCCCAUGUGCUCAUGCACUAUCUGGAUCUCUUAAGCGAGGGGUGAAAUUUUAUUCGUUGUGUUCAUAUUACUAUAAAAUUGAGACAUGGAGGUCCUCUUACACAAAAUCUAUAUAUCCUACUAGUAACGAGGAAGAGUGGAUUGUUCCACAUGACAUUAUGACAAUAAAAGUGAGAACACCUGCGCAGAAAAACCCAGUUGGUCAUCCAAAGAAGAAACAAGGUAGGCCUAAGACGAAACACCAUCCUUCCAAUGGAGAGAAAUGUGUUGUACAACGCAAGUGCAGCACUUGUGGAGGUCUAGGCCAUAAUAGGGCAACUUGUAAAGUUCGUGUUUGA